CCGCGCGAGCGCCGCGGUGCAGCCGCCGGGAUGUGACCUUCAGAGCCGCCCGCACGGGAUGACCGGAGCCAUCGCCCCGCGGCGCCCGCGCCUCGCCACGGCCCCGCGGGCGCUCUGACCGCGCGCGCCCGGCUGCCGGCCCCGGUCUCAGUCCCGGCCGUCGUCCCCGUCCCCGCCCGCCAUGCCGCCCGGGCCCGCCGCCACCCUGGGCACUGCGCUGCUCCUGCUGCUGCUGGCCUCCGAGUCCGCGCACACCGUGAUCCUGCGGGCGCGCGAGGCGGCGCAGUUCCUGAGGCCCAGGCAGCGCCGCGCCUACCAGGUCUUCGAGGAGGCCAAGCAGGGCCACCUGGAGAGGGAGUGCAUCGAGGAGCUGUGCAGCCAGGAGGAGGCCCGUGAAGUGUUCGAGAACGACCCCGAGACGGAGUACUUUUAUCCAAGGUACUUAGAAUGCAUCAGUAAACAUGGAUCUCCGUACAAAAAGAACACAGAUUUCAUCACCUGCGUGCAAAAGCUGCCUGACCAGUGCUCCCCAGACCCCUGCGAUAAGGAGGGCACCCAAGUCUGCCAGGACCUCAUGGGCAACUUCUACUGCCAGUGCAGAGACGGCUGGGCGGGACGGCUCUGCAACAGAGACGUCAAUGAGUGCAGCCAGGAGAACGGGAGCUGCAGCCAGAUUUGCUACAACAAGCCGGGCAGCUUCCAGUGUGGCUGCUACAGCGGCUAUGCACUCUCCCUGGACGGCCGGACCUGCCACGACUUGGAUGAAUGUGCCGACUCAGGCGCCUGCGGGGAGGCUCAGUGCCAGAACCUGCCGGGCUCUUACUCCUGCCUCUGCGAAGAGGGCUACGCGUUCAGCUCCCAGGAGAAGUCCUGCCGAGAUGUGGACGAGUGUGCGGAGGGGCGCUGCGAGCAGGCCUGCGUCAACUCCCCGGGGAGCUACACCUGCCACUGCGACGGGCGCGGGGGCCUCAAGCUGUCCCAGGACAUGAACACCUGCGAGGACAUCCUGCCCUGCGUGCCCUUCAACGUGGCCAAGAGUGUGAAGUCGCUGUACCUGGGCCGCAUGUUCAGCGGGACGCCCGUGAUCCGGCUGCGCUUCAAGCGGCUGCAGCCCACGAGACUGGUGGCCGAGUUCGACUUCAGGACCUUCGAUCCUGAGGGCGUCCUGUUCUUCGCCGGAGGCCAUCGGGACAGCACCUGGAUCGUCCUGGGCCUGCGGGCCGGCCGACUGGAGCUGCAGCUCCGCUACCAGGGCGUGGGCCGCGUCACCAGCAGCGGGCCCAUCAUCAACCACGGCUCGUGGCAGACGAUCUCCGUUGAGGAGCUCGAGCGGAACCUGGUGAUCAAGGUGAACAAGGAUGCUGUCAUGAAGAUCGCCGUGGCCGGUGACCUGUUCCAGCUGGACAGAGGACUGUACCAUCUCAACCUGACCGUGGGAGGCGUUCCCUUCAAGGAGAAGGACCUUGUCCAGCCUAUGAACCCCCGUCUGGACGGCUGCCUGAGGAGUUGGCACUGGCUGGACGGCGAGGACACCACCGUCCAGGAGACGGUCAAGGUGAACGUGAAAAUGCAGUGCUUCUCCUUGACCGAGAGAGGGUCCUUCUUCCCUGGGAGCGGGUUUGCCUUCUACAGCCUGGAUUAUGCUCGGACAUCGCCGGAUGUCGGGACCGAGACCGCCUGGGAAGUCGAGGCCGUGGCUCGGAUCCGCCCCGCCGCCGACACGGGGUUGCUGCUUGCGCUGGUGGGCGCUGACCAGGCCGUGGUCCUCUCCGUGGCCCUGGUCGACUACCACUCCACCAAGAGGCUCAAGAAGCAGCUGGUCGUCCUGGCCGUGGAGAGCGUCACCCUGGUUCUGAUGGAGAUCAAGGUCUGCGACGGCCAGGAGCACGUUGUGACCGUCUCUGUGAACAAGGACGGGGCCACCCUGGAGGUGGACGGCACCAAGGGCCAGAGUGAAGUGAGCCCAGCGGGGCUGCAGGAGAGGCUGGCCGUCCUCGGGAGGCACCUGCAGGGCUCCGUGCUCACCUUCGUCGGGGGGCUGCCAGAUGUGCCAGUGACCUCGGCCCCGGUCACAGCCUUCUACCGCGGCUGCAUGACGCUGGAGGUCAACCGGCAGGUUCUGGACCUGGACGAGGCCACCUACAAGCACAGCGACAUCACGGCCCACUCCUGCCCCCCAGCUGAGCCGGCCGCCUAGGCUUCUGCCGCCGCCGGCCACCCGCGCAGCCACGUACGCCUCGGCUUUCUUCCCAGACCAGGAAGGACGGCGGGAGGCACCCGCACCCCCGCCCGAGACACUGAACCCUCGCCCGCCAGGUCCCCUCACGGCCUCCCUGCCCGUGUGUAACAUACGUGUAAAUAGCGGACUCAGCACCGCCCGAGCGGACCCGGGAAGAGAAUUCUGUUAUUUUUAUUACCAGAUGCUUCUCUCUGACCUAAAACUAUGGAAAAAUAAAACGUUUACGGAACCUUCCUA